UUUCAACCGUUGCUUGGAAACACAUGACGACAAAAGCUAAUGUAAUGGUGGACACGAGUUGCAAGUAAUUCGAGCAAGGAAGACAAUAAAGGAAGAGUGUACAUUAACUACAGAGGGAAACAUCCUCUCCAGGUCAGACUACAUCUAAGAUUAUCCUUUUUAAAAGAAAAAUGGCAACAUUCUCCAACACUCACCUGCGGAUCCCGGAAGGAUUUGCUGAACUCCUGAUGGGACUGGCCAAAGAAGUGUUACGAGACCAGCCGGAAGACAUCCCUAAAUUUGCUGCUGAGUACUUUGAGGUGCUUUUCAAACAACGAGAAGAGAGCGGCAUGGACCAUGCCGAGUGGACUGCGAAACAGGAAAGUAGCAUGACCCAUGCAUUCAAAGAUAGUAGGGUUAGUGCUGGAGAAGAGUCUGCGUCUGACAUCCGAACGUCCAAAGGAAAAUCUAAUGAGUCCACAAGUGAAAAUGAAACAAGUAAUUCAGCAGAAGCCUCACAACUUCCCACCACUCAACCUAAUUUCUCUGAGGAGGAUCAUUUAACUGAAAGCACAGCAGAAGAAAAUCACAAUAUUUCAGCGGAGAAGGGAUUUUGCGAAGAGGAAUCUAUCAAACUCCCCCUGACUGCAGACGUGCAAUCAGAUAAACUGAGUGGGACAGAGGACGAGAAAGACCCGACGAUAUAUAAAGCUGAUAAAUCCGACAGGGCAGCUCAAGAAACAGAUACCAGUUCUGCUAUAGAGCGAGAUGUGUCAGUGUCUGUGUCCACUGACAGGCUAUCAUUCAGUGGGGUUUCAAAUCUAGAUGUGUGUGCUCAGGAGUUAGGAACAGCGGAAGAUGGUGGAAGUGAUACACAAGAAAGUGCCAUGUCAGAGUCAGAGAUGGAGGGAGAGGAAAACAGUGAAGUGAAAGAAUCAGCGGUCGUUCCACAUUCUGGCCUAGCUGAUCAUGUGGACAUUUGUGCAACAGAGCUGGGAGGGACAGAAAGAAAAACGGAGAAUGUCACUGGUGAUAAGGAUACACACAGCAUUGAGGAGGAAAGCUUUAAACCCCAACCAGAAGAAGCUAUUGUACAAUUACCACUGGCUCAGUUUGAGACACCUGAGGGCAAUCAACAAGAGGUAGAAGAUCAGGCACGAAACACCAAGGAGGAAGAUGAAACAGAUACUAAAGCCUCUGCUGGGGAAACACAUGAAGGUCUGGCUCAUAAUGAGAGUGCUUUAGACUUUAAUGCUACACCUGAGGAGGAUUCAUUGGUUGAGAUUAGCUUUGAAGAUGUUCCAGAGGCUCAGCAGAUUACUGAGGUUAAAGAGAAACAGCCAGAGGGAAAGGGCUCAGUUGAUGUAUUACAGACUGAGCUAUUAGAAGAAAUGCAACACGAGGAAGAGUCUGGCUUAGAGGGGGUUACUGAUAGUAUAUCUGGUAUGCUACAGCAUGAUGAACCUGAGACAGAGGAAGUUGUAAAGGAAUUUUACUCUGAAAGGGAGGAAAUAGAAAGUCAACUCAGGGCAUCUGAUAUAAUGAGAGAGAAUGUGGUCACAAAUUACGCUAGUUUAAAUGACCGCCAGGACGAGGACAGGGCUGAAGAUGAUAUAAGUAUCAGCUCAUCCCAUCAGCCUUCCACUGAAGUAGACACAACGAACCCAGAGGAAGUAAGUGGUCACACAAAUGAAGAUGAGAAGACAAGAGAGGAUCCUUUUUCUGAGGAGGAGACAAAAGCAAACGACUCUGACUUUAACGACGACGAGACAGCAGACACAGUUGGAGAAUCCAACGAGGACAUACAUGCAGCGAGUGACAGUGAGGUGAAGGACGAGGACAGCGAUGGUGCUGCAGAAACCCGUUCAUCACAAGCACUUGUGGAUUUACAGUCAGAUGAUACACUGGGAGAAAAAGAAGAGAAAGUUGCCCAAAGUGAAUCUGAGGCCCAAGAGAAAAGUGAUGAAGUGUGUGAAGAGGAGAGCGUCGGCCUCACUCGUACUGCAGGUGGGACGGCUGCUGACCGUCAUCACGUAGAGGAAGCACCACCUGUGUCUGAACCAGACACCACACAGCAAGAGAAGAACAAGAGGACUGACGAGCAGGAGGAGUGCAGUCGGCCCCAGGAGGAAGAGGACAUCAUGGACAUCCCUCUGGACGACCCAGAGGCCAACAGGGCCGCCGCCAAGAUCCAGGCUGGCUUCCGUGGUCACAUGACCCGCAAGAAGAUGAAGCCAGAGGACAAAGCAGAAGGGGAGGAGGUGAGCAGCACCGGGGAUGUGCUCAACGGCAGCGAGGGGGCCACAGCGACAGGAGGAUCGGGGGCAGUAGAGAGCGAUGACACAUCUGUGCCAGAACAGUGACACCUCUGUCCUGACCUGGAUGAAGAGAAAGAGUGGGAGCAUGAGAGCGGGAGAUGGCUGACGGAGGCCUGAUAUGUUGACUGGUCUGUCUUACAGACACACCUUUUUACCCCAGGAGUCAUUUUCUUUUUCCAACACAAAUUAUCAGUAGAGAAUGAACAGUUUUGAGGGCGUGUUAUGUGAAUUUUGUGAACUUUUAACACUCCUCUGCUUCUCCAGCAGCCUCAUCAGUACGGAUGUCUUUGACCCAGAAUUUGCAACUCGCUGCAUGUUCUUGUGAAACUUCUGGUAGUGUGCUAGUUUUUAGACGAUGAUCUGUGAAUGUGAAAAUGCAAACGGGGCUUUUUUGGGAUGGAUACAGUCAUGCCAUCUGUGUACAAACCUUUUAUGCAUCCGCAUUAGAUUCAUCUGUAAGUGAGUAAUUUGUGGCUUAAAUUAUUCCCUGUUCUGCCUUGUUUUCUGGUGUGCUUGUAUUGUUACCAUUUACUAUUUGACUUGCUUACAAACAAAUUAAAAACAUUGCAACUAUGAAAGGAAAAUUAGCUAUGUACUGUUCUAUUAAUUCCACUGCAUUUACAUUGAUUCUUUUGUUUGGAUCACACGUAAGCUCUCUUUUCACCUGUUAAAGCAUUUUCUAUAAAUCUGAUCUUCCAGAACAGUAAGCAUGCAGUAAUCACUCUUUUUCUAGAUGCAUUUGGUACCGCUUCACCUGAUGAGACCCUGGUUCAAUGUGCUCUGUCGUUGUGUUGAUAGGUUUGACUUAAGGACUUGAAAAUUACAUUGUCAGAGUUUGCAGAGCUUUUGUGCUUUAAUUAGCUUUAAUUAAAUAGUACCCUGUUGAACUUUGCUGUAAAGGUAUGGCAUUACACAAAUAAAUCCACCUUAAAUAUA